CUCCCUUUCAUGAGAUGAAGAACUUCAUCGUUCCUCCCUUUUGUAAGUGAUGCUCUCUAUGCCGAUCUCUACCACUUUUUCAUCACAAACACCUCAUUCCCACUUGUCCACUCUCCACCAUCUCCUCCUCUAUGGCUGCCGCCACGAGCCAAUUGAGAAACCCAAAAUGCCUGAAACCUCUCACAUGUCGCCACCGUGGAAGGCCAAACUUGCUACCCUCGAUUCGAGUUCCGACGAAUGCAGUUCAUUCGGCUCUUUAGGGUUUCGGAGAAAAGCUUGAGGCGUUCAAUCUUACUUUCACUUAUCUUCUCAAGCGUCGUUCUCAAUCUUCUCAAAUUCUCCCCGACCGUCCAUCUCCUCCAGCACCAUUUCCCAGAACUUGCAAUCGGUUCUGGCUGGGGAAUUUGUUGGCGGCGAGAAGAAGUGACCAGUUAGUGUCUUCCCGACGGGGGGAGAAUAUCAGCUCAGCUCCUCCCACAGGUAAUUUAUGCGGCGACGAUUCCCCACCUCUUAUGAAAUUGACGCAUGAAGGCGAGGAUUUGGCACUGUUUGAUUGUAUCUUCUCGUCACGGCAGUUGGGGUUUUGUCGAGGUGUUCCGAGAUAUAGGAAUCACGCUCUGGAUUUUUCCUCUUGGUCACUUUCAGCUCAUCGAUCUCGCGCUGCUACCAGAAUCACGGCGGUCCCUAGCUUCUUGUUGUAACCAUUGGAUGUGAGUUGAGUGAGGGAGCUGGGGUGUUGAUUGUUGUCAUCAAUUACCAUAAAGUACCCCGCAACCCACAAUUAACCAUCAAUAACAGAGGCGGGAUCCAAAAACUGAGGUUGAGAGCAAAACUCACCGAGAUCCAACCACAGCGGCAGGAUGAGCAAAACUCACCGAGAUCCAACCACAGCGGCAGGAUGAGGGCAAUCUAGGGAUGUCAAUUACCCACCCAUGGGUAAUUAUACCAAACCCAAGUAGAUCCAUUGAUAAUGGGUUGGGUAUGGGUGAAGUGCAUAUGAGUUUGGGGGUUUGUAUAUGGGUUUGGGUAAGGUAUGAAUAUUGCUUCUAUAAUCUAAAUUGGUAUGUGUUGGAUAUGGAUAUCCAUUUACUUGAGGGUGUUUUAACUACACAUGCAAUAAUUUGACCUAUUUGUAAAACGUGAAAAUUUUAGGUACCAAAAUGUAAGACCACAAAAAUUUAGGUACCAAAACGUAAUUUUUCAUCGAUAUUUUGAGGACUUAUAUGCAAACAAAAAAUUAAUUUUAGGUACUAAAUAUGCAUAUCUAUUAAGUUUAGGUAUCAAAUUAUAAUUUGUAUUUGGGCAUGGGUACAAACCCAAAUCCAUUUGUUAUAAACCCAACCCAAACCAAAGUAAAUGAGUAUGGGUACAAACCCAUCAAACUCUACCCAUAUCCAUCUAUUUGGAUAGUUAAAAACCCAUGGGUAUGGGCAAAAUUGUCAUCCCUAGAGGGCAUUGAUGGUGCCGACAGAGGUGACACAACAGCAGAAGUGACACAAUAGUGGCUGUGGGAUGACGCACUGAUGGUGCCGGCAGAGGAAGAGGAAAUUUGGGGACUGUUCUUCCUCCCUCAGCGAGGAGUCUUGGAGAUGGGGUAGCAUAGCAAAGCGGCGGAGUAGCAGAGCUGCCGUUGUCUUCGCCGGAGAUCGAUACCCAGGCAAGCUUGGAAUUCAUCGACGCCGCCAACUCUGCUUCGGCUUCCUAAACCCCCCUCCGUCAAUGCUUAAACCCCCAAACCCAGAAACUCCCGCUCUCUCCUAGCAAUCGGUCGCCGUGGUAGCUUGGAGCCAGUUCACGUCGAUCCCGCGGAGGAACGAUGUCGUCGUCUCACCCAGGCUCGGGUCCGAAUUCGGAACUGCAAGACUGCAACCACGAAAAUAAAAAAGUGGAUUGAACCAAAAAAGUCCAAGGAUAAAUUUUUUUAUUAUUUUUUAAUAAAAUAUGAUGUAGCAUCUACAUGACAAAUGUGGUCGAGUUGUCGCUGACGUGUGCAAUGAUUUGGCAUCGUAGUCACCUUAACAUUAACCUAAGUGACGGACUUUCUAACACCGUUAAAGUUUCUAACAUAAAUUGCUAGAUUUGUCACACUACCAUCCAAUUUUUGGGCUAUUUUGUGUUUUCAGAUAGUUAUGGCUAUAUUUGCCACAAACGUGAAAGUUAUGACCAUACAAGUGUAUUUUGCCAACUUUUACAGAAUAGUGUUGCAGAAAUCUUUCAUACGGUGUGGCCUAAUAAUGAAGUUAAGUUAGUAAAUAUCAAAAUUGAUGAAACUGUUCUGUAAAAACCAACAUAUCUUACCAAACCUUACGAAAGUGGCCUAAUAAUGAAGUUAAGUUAGAAAAUAUCAAAAUUGAUGAAACUGUUCUGUAAAAACCAACAUAUCUUACCUUUUUUUGUGUCAAAAGAUAUCAUGUAUUGAUCGAAACCAUAGACAGUUACACCCUGGAAACCAGCCAGGUCUGGAAAUCAAAGAAACGACUCAUAGUCGGAUACAAAGAGAGGGCUUUCCUAGCUACCAAAUGAGCUACCCUAUUGUUCUCCCGACCUACAAAACACACACUAAAGCCAGGCUGAGUACGAAAAUAAUGAGCAAUCUCUUCCAGAACAGCACCCAACCGGCUAUCUCUUGUGUCGGCUUGAUUAAUUUUGUCAAUAAUCAAAUUCGCAUAGCCCUCAAAUCGGACCUCCGACAAACCUUGCUCCACACACCAAAUAAUAGCUUCCCUAAGCACAAGUAAUUCCACCACUACAGGAUCAUCCAUUUGAGAAAACUGGACCCCUCUAGCCAGAAGGAGUGUCCGCGCCGGGUCAAAAAGAACCAUCCCACCAGCCGAAUGAGACCCACCCUUAGUAGCCCCGUCCCACAUGCAAACCAAAUGGGAAUCGCCCACUUGUGCUGUGGGUUGCAUUAGCGGGAUUUGUACCCUAGGCGCCUGGUCCGCUGGUAGACCCACCCAUUCCUCAUACUGUUGGUUAAACUGUCGCAUGAGCGCCGGGAUCCCAAAUUGUUUGCCUUCAAAAACUACCCAAUUUCGAGAUCGCCAGAUCCUCCAAAGGAUGGCAACAACAGCCAUAACCACUGACGGUUGAUGGAUCAAACCCAACAGACGUUUGAGAAACAAAGGAAAAGUAUGCCGAGGCAAACCCUCCCCCAAGUAUUCCAGCCCAGAAUAAUCCCAGAGAGCCCGCACAACCGAAAAAUAAAGGAACAGGUGUUCCAUUGUCUCCGGGCCAUCCCAACAAACUGGACACCAAGGUAUCACCUGGACCUUUUUCGCAAUAAGCGCCUCCAUAGUCGGCAGAGCCCGAUUAAGAAUUUGCCAAACAAAAACCUUCAACUUCGGAGUGAUUUUCGCCUCCCAAACUCUAAUCCAACUCGGCUUAUCCAUCCAGCUAAUCGAGGAUUGCCACCCACCUCUCCUCCUGUCCAAGUCGACAGCCAAAUGAUAGGCCGACUUAACCGAGAAGACCCCGUUAGCCGUAAAAUGCCAGAUAAGCUUAUCAGGCACAUCCCAACGUGGGAGAGGAAUAGCUUUAAUAGCCUUACAGGUGGGCGGGUCAAACCAAUGACUGAGCUUCUCAUCAGACCACCUCCCUCCCCCUCACUAAUAACCUCCGCCACCAAGGGAUCACCCCCCUCAGACAAGAUCCGCGGAUUAUAGCAUGGGGGAUCUAGUUGGUACCUAGGAAUCCAGUUAGAAUGAAGGAGGGAGACCGAUUGGCCAUUACCAACCUGCCAUCUCAAACCCCUCUCCAAUAACUGACGCCCAUGAAGGAUACUUUGACACCCCUAGGAGGGACGAGACCUAGCAGUCGCGGUCAGGAAAGACCCUUGAGUAAAAUAUUUGCCUUUAUAGACCUGGGCAAUAAGUGAUUGAGGUUCAUUGAGAAUACGCUAGCCUAUCUUAGCCAAAAGAGCUUGGUUGAAAUGCUCGAACUGGCGAAAUCCCAUCCCCCCAUCAUGCUUACUCCUGCACAUGUUACGCCAGGACACCCAUCUAAUCUUGGGAUUACCGUCCUCAGCACCCCACCAAAAACGGGCCACAUGCUUACCUAAAAGACGGCAAAGAGCCAGGGGAAGACGGAAACACGACAUAACAUGAAGGGGAAGAGCCAACGCUAUGGAUUUAAUCAAUGUUUCCUUAGCAUCCCACGACAAUGUCCUUUGCUUCCACCCCUGAAGCCGCUCUAGGAGUUUUUCCUCCAAAUAUCUGAAUGUAGCCGUUUUGAAUCGAGCAACCAGCGUUGGAAGCCCCAGAUAUUUAUCGUGGACCCCCACCGCACCAACCCCUAGAAUCGUGGCCAAGAACUCCUGAUCUGGCGUGGAAAUAUUCUUGCUAAAGCACACCGCCGACUUCUCCAAAUUAACGCGUUGACCACUCAGUUCCUCAUAUUCAUUCAACACCUCAAUAAAAUUCUCGCACUCCUGCAGAGAACCUCGCAAAAAUAAAUAAGAAUCAUCCGCGAAGAACAGAUGCGAGAUUCUCGGAGCACGAGGAGCUACUUUCACCCCCUCUAAUUUUUUCUCUGUGAUCGCCUUUCGGAGGAGGGCUACAAACCCCUCCGUGCAGAGUACAAACAAGAGAGGAGAGAGCGGAUCCCCCUGGCGAAGGCCCCUAUAGGUAGUGAAAUACCCCGAGGGUGUACCAUUCAUCAGAACCGAGAAAGAGGAGGAACGAAGACAUUCAUGUAUCCAUCCUUGCCAGACUGAAUUAAAACCCAUCUUAUCCAAAACUGCAAGCAGGAAGGGCCAUUCGACUCUAUCAUAUGCCUUUUCCAUGUCAACCUUUAGAGCCAUGUACCCCUUCUUCCCUUGCUUUUUUAUUUUCAGAUAAUGCAUUAGUUCAUGUCCUAUAAGGAUGUUAUCAAUAAUCUGUCGGUCUCUGAUAAAGCCAUUUUGGCCUUCCGAAACGAUCUGAGGGAGCAUGCUAGCCAGCCGUUCUGCCAUGAUUUUGGUAAUCACUUUGUAAACAAACUGGCAUAGACUAAUCGGCCGCAAUUGUCUAAUUGUUUCCACCGAGUCCACUUUAGGGAUCAAAGUGAGCUAGGUAUGGUUAAAGCUUUAAAGAACUUCCCUGUGAAGCCAUCCGAUCCCGGGGCCUGUUUCGAACCCAUGGAAAAGACCGUACUCGGACCUCACUAGGCAAAACCUCCGCCGUCAACUGAGCAUUCAUUUGCAGAGUGACACUACGGGCAAUCGGCAGAGUCGCUGCCCUCUCAGCCAUAUUCGGAACCUGUGUCUCCGAGGUAAACAAGUUUUGGUAAAAAUUGGUGGCAAUAGAAGCCUUUCCGGUUUCCGCAGUGACCCAUUCACCCUCCUCAUUUCGAAGCCCAGAAACGAAAUUCCUCUUCCGUCGAGCCCUUGUGAUCGUAUGGAAGUAGGCAGAAUUUUGAUCUCCUUUUUUUUAACCAUUUUACUCUGGAUUUUUGCUGCCAGAAACCCUCCUCCGCUUCCCACUGCCGGGAUAGCUCUGUUUCCAGGGUCCUGAUCUCAUCCCAAUCCACCGGAUGGAUCGAUUUUAUCCUAUCAAUCUCAGCUUUGUGCGUCUUGAUAUUGCGCAGGGAAUUAGUUGUGCCCGCCCUACUCCAAUCAUAUAGCAGAUGACAGAGUUUAUUUAGGCGUUCCCACAGCCGAAACAUAGGGGUGCCUUGGACCUCCUCCUGCCAGACAUAGUAGACCAUGGCCCUCACCUCCGGAUUAUCCGCCCAUCAGGCAUCAAAACGGAACAGAGGCCUACUAGUACGAACAUAUGGUUUAUCUGCAAGGAGAAGAGCACGAUGGUCUGACCCCUGGUCCGUGAAGUGUUUGACUAGAGUCUCCGGGUAUGAAUCCAUCCAAACCUGAGAGCAGAUCGCUCUAUCCAGACGUGCACGAAUGCAAGCAUCGCCCAUGCGCUUAUUAGUCCAAGUAAACUGAUCUCCUUGGUAACCAGGGUCGUGGAGACCCAAAUCAUGAAUAAAUUCGCGGAGACUAAAGGCUUGGGCAGCAUUCCACUCCCACCCCCCAUCUUUUUCACUCUCAUGCAGAGUAGCAUUGAAAUCGCCUAUGAUCACAUAAGGGUGAUUGAUACUCGUACAAACGUUUCGCAAUUGAGCCAAUUGGGUAGCUCGAACAGCAACAUUACAACUAAUAUAAACAAAGAUCGCUACAUAAGAAAAAUCUCCUUCAUUAAUUUGCGAACAUAGAAAUUUGAAUGACAAAACACCGAAGUGUCAACCCCGGGGGCCCAAACAACUACUUAACCUCGCGAUGCAUCGAAUGCAUCAACAAAAAAACAAUGCGAAAGAGGAAAACCUAAACCCCGCAUACGACGGGACACUACACGCCGGCUCGAUCGCGUUUCCGAAAAAAAUACGAGAUCCGGUUUAUUAGAAUGAACCAGCCCUACAGUAGUUUGGAAAGUGAGGGAUGACCCAAUUCCUCUCACAUUCCAGGCCAUAAUCCUCAUUUAUUGAAUGGGGGCCACUCGAGGCUGGCUUCCUCCACCUUCUCCAGAACAUCAGUUGAUUCCACAAAUGGCUUCUUCGGAGUAGGGAGAUCACCCAUUUCCCUAUCCAACUCAUCGAGCACGCGCUUCCGGGUCUCCACAGAUGGGUCCAUGAGAUUAGACCCAUAUUCAUUGAGAGUCGAGCGAGGCCCAUUGAUAGGUAUAUCCUCCUCUUGAGCAAAGACCAACCCAGCUUCAAAAGCCUCAACCACUUGGUGGACUCGCCCAGUCAAGACUUUGCGAGUCUCCAUGGAGACCCCACCUGGUGAUCUUCUCUUAAUCUCAAACGGGAGCUGAUCGUCGUUCGACUGAUCAUCAUCUGAAUCCAUGGUCUGCUGCUGACCCUCAUAAUCUCGAGGGGCUACAACCUCCUCAUCCUCCAACUCUCGCGGACCAUCAUAAGGAGUCGUUCCCCCAUCCUGCUUCGACUUAGCCCAAAUGCAGUAUGCUCCGCCAUUUUUCAGUCGUGGGCGAGCCCGAUGCACCGUUCUUCCAGUAUGAGAAGUACCCUUUGGGGGAACUCGAGGAUUCUCCAGGGGCUGUCUAGAUUGGGCGGCUUUCGCACUAGCCAACUCCUCCUCUUCCGAUUCCUCUUGCAAGAUCAGCCUUCGCCUCCAGAUUCUUCAAGAACAACCUCAACCUGGUCCUCUGUCUGCUGACGAUUGGACACCUUUCUGGCACGUUUUGCCACCUGCUGACUACCCUUGGAGCCCUUUCAGGGGAGAGGUGCAGCCUCUCUGGGAGACAGUUUCUUAUGGUGCGGACGAACCCCACCACCAAUCUUCACUCGAGGUGUGGCCUUGAAAACAACCUGUUUAGGGCUAGCACGAUUCCCUAACAGCUUAGGUCUGGAUUUCAGCACCCGAGGUUGCGGUUCCAUAUAGCCAUGAAUCUCCUGCUGAUGAACAGCCUGAUCAACAGAGCGAUCACUAGACACUGGUCAUAUCUCACGAGUUAUAGCAUUCUUUGCAUUCCCAUCAUUCUGCACUUGAACAUUUUUGUUCACCCACACUGAUUUACUGGUGUUGCGAAACUUUGGGAACUCAUCCUCAUCCAUAUAGAUCUUCCUUCCUAGUUUCCUUGUAGACAUAUGCGGGCCAAAGCGUUCUUUACCAGGUGGAGGAUCAAAAACAAAUUCUGGCUUCGAGUGCCCCAUACGGCCAUAGAGGUAGCAGAAGGUCGAUGAGUGCCCCAGACCGCCAAGAAUUGAGACCGCAACGGCUUAGUGAAAUCGAUGAGGGCGUGCACUUUAACAAAGCACACCUCUGUUUCUCUUGAUGCGAAAACAUCAGCCUCCAAGACUUGGCCUAUUUUUCUGGCUGCCACUUUCCUGCCGAACUGCUUGGAGCAGCAAUCCUCUUUCACAUUCCACAAUUGAACACGGAAGGGAGCAGUGGCCAGAUCAUCGAAAACUGGCCUCGUGAUAGCUGAAGUCCAAGACCGGAGAUGUAAAAUUCUGUCUUUAACAAUCCACGGAGUUCGUUUGGGGAUCCAAACCCUCGUCUCAUCACUUGGCAAAACAAUUUCAAAUAAGCCAUAUUUAGUGACCGAAACCCUAAGAUUUCCUUGCACCCGCCAGGCCUCGAUGAAGCCCUCUCGCAACUCACUAGGAGUAAAUUUGCACUACAAGAAAACCGGCCUAUAGAGGCAAAUAAUUAGAGGCAAUUGUUGUAUUGGUCUCUAUAGCUAGACGUUAGGAGCAAAUAUAUUAUUUGACUCAGAAGGUGAAAUUAUUUGUCUCUAUAGACAAAUCUGAUAGUCUUUAGAGACAAAUACAAUUGUUGCUUAUAGCUAAGUCAUUAGAGACAAAUUUAAUAGUCUUUAGAUUCAAAUAUAAAUGCUCCUUAUACAUAUAUCAUAUAGAUGCAAAUCUAAUAGUAUUUAGAGACAAAUACAAAUGUCUCUUAUCAUCAUGUCAUAUGGAGACAAAUCUAAUAACCUUUAGAGACGAAUACAAUGUCACUUAUAGUUAUGUCAUAUGGAGACAAAUUUAAUAGUCUUUAGAGACAAAUCUAUAUGCUCCUAAAACACUAAUUCGAAUUGGUUGUAUUGUGUAGGUUUAAGUAAUGGGGAAAAAUUAUAAAAAAAUAAUGGGAAAAAACUUAUCAUUUAUGCCGCCCAAAGUUUCUCCAUUUCUACCCAAACUUAUUUGUAUAAGUAAAAUAAAAGAAUCCUUUUAUUAAAAAAUAUAAAUAAAUAGAGAGCUCUUCGAAUUUCCUUCUCAUUCCACAACCCUAACCGCCAACCCAUGAUCUUUCAUCUCCUCACGUCAUUAGUAUAUAAAUGAUAUUAACCACAACCGUAAUUAACUCUUCCUUCAAUCUCAGGCGACUAUAUAUCUUCUCCUCCAAAUCCUUUUAUUUUUUCUCUGCAGAAGAAACCGUCCACUUACCUCCUUUUUCUCUUCCUACACUCCCUGCCCUUCUCUCUUCCUCAUUCCUCCAUAAGCCUUAAGCAAUUCCAGAUCUACCCAUUUUUAGAUCCUUAAGAUCCUUCUUUCCUCCCUUUCUUCCAUCAGAACAAGAGAACUACAUAAACCGGCAACUUCCCUUCUUUUUUUCUUCUUCUCUACUCUGUACUCUUUUCUCUUAUUCUUUCAAGCGGUUGGUGGCAUCAUACUGGAAACGACAACGAGGUGGAGCGGACGGCAGUUUUGAGCGAUAGCAAGGCGGCAGGCGUACAUAUGGUGACAGUGACGUUCGACAACCACGAAGGUGAGAAUAGAUGUAGAGAUUGGAUUAGUUUUAAUAAUUUGAAUAGAUCUGGUGGUUUCUAUAAUGCAUGUCUGCUAAGCACUAACCAUUCUCCUUUUCUUAUAUGGGAUUUUCUAUAAUGCUGAUGUGGUAAUCUUUUGUUUUUGGUUAUAAUUUUGGUGAUGUUGGCCGGAGAAAGCUAGGUGGUGGCGGCCCAACGACUUCUUGUCCUAAUCCAGCAGUGAAGGUCCGCCUUGGAUGAGGGUCAUCUCGUGACAACUGGUAGUAGUAUCAGGGUCAAGAAUUGAACAACAACGUGAUAAUGUUGAUGGCGGAUGAGCUUGCUAGUUGUUCGUUGCUAGGAGAAUUUUGUACUCAAAUUGAUGAACUUGUGUAGUUUUAGUGGAUACAGAUGCCUAUUUUCAAUUUUCACUAUUUUAUCUCUUUCAAAUAGUUUUGUAUUAGUUGUAAUUUAGUAUACGAAUAAAUAAAUAAGAAAUUUUGUG